AUGGCGAACCAAACGCCUGCCGUUGUCAUGGACAACGGCACGGGAUUCUCGAAGCUCGGUUUCGCCGGCAACGACUCCCCGUCCUUUGUGUUCCCGACCGCUAUCGCAACGAAAGGUGCUGCUGGAGGCAGUGGAGGAACGGGCUCUGGCCGUCCAGCUGUCGCGAACAAGCCAUCCUUCCUUACCGGCGGCGCAGGCCCCGGCGGUCACCUCAACUCGAAGCGAGGAACUGAGGACCUGGACUUCUUUAUUGGGGAUGAGGCCAUUGCUGCCUCUGGAGGACCUGGUCAGUUGGACGCGAACAUCGUGACACGGAUGGCCAAUCGCUGA